AUGGCUUCGUUUGUAGAUGAAGAAAAUCUUGAAAAAGAGUACUACGAUCCUUCUAACCCUAUAGGACAUUAUACAGACCCAAGGAAAUUCAUGUCAGCUUUGAAUAACUUCCCUGAUACUGCAGAACAUUUUCGCUUUAAAAUAAAUGAUUCAGGAUUUACCACUAUAAAAAGAAUUUGUAAUCCUCCGAAA